GGGGCCUGGACUUUCGGCGGGGACCUGCUGCCGUCGCGGCGAAGGAGGAACCCGAGUCCUCGCUGCGGAGGGAUGUGAGGGAGCUGCCCCGCACGGGAGGGCCCGGAGGGCCCAGCCUGGCGGACCUUGGGACUGCCCCGGGGGCUUCGCCGACCUGGUCGGGCCGGGGGCGCCGGGAGGAUCAGCCCCUGCUGGCUUGGAGGGCGCGUCGUCGCCUGAUCUGUGCCGCGGGUUUCAGAAGCCCGCAAGGGAGCAAGAUGUGAGCUGUUUCUCUUCUGCAGAAAGAGAGGCCCUUCCUCCCCUUCCCGCGACUGGGCAAAUGUUUUGAAAAAGACUCUUAAUGGCUUGCCUUACAAUGACAGAAAUGGAAGGAACAUCAGCAUCUCCCUUACAUCAGAAUGGUGAUAUUCCUGGAAAUGCUAAUUCUGUGAAGCAAAUAGAUCCAGUCCUACAGGUGUAUCUCUAUCACUCUCUUGGGAAGGCUGAAGGAGAUUGCCUGAAGUUUUCAACUGGGGAGUAUGUUGCUGAAGAAAUUUGUGUUGCUGCUUCUAAAGCUUGUGGAAUCACACCCGUGUAUCAUAGUAUGUUUGCUUUAAUGAGUGAAGAAGAAAGGAUGUGGUAUCCACCCAACCAUGUCUUCCAUAUAGAUGAGUCAACCAGGCACAAUGUACUCUACAGAAUAAGAUUUUACUUUCCUUACUGGUAUAGUAAUGGCAGCAACAGAACCUAUCGGCAUGGAGUGUCUCGAGGUACUGAAGCUCCUCUUCUUGAUGAAUUUGUCAUGUCUUACCUUUUUGCUCAGUGGCGGCAUGAUUUUGUGCAUGGAUGGAUAAAAGUACCUGUGACUCAUGAAACUCAGGAAGAAUGUCUGGGCAUGGCUGUGUUAGAUAUGAUGAGAAUAGCCGAAGAAAAGAAUCAAACCCCACUGGACAUCUAUAACUCUAUCAGCUACAAGACAUUUUUACCAAAAUGCGUUCGAGCAAAGAUCCAAGACUAUCAUAUUUUGACAAGAAAGCGAAUAAGAUAUCGAUUUCGCAGAUUUAUUCAGCAGUUUGGCCAAUGCAACGUCACUGCCAGAAACUUGAAACUUAAGUAUCUUAUGAAUCUGGAAACUCUUCAGUCUGCCUUCUACACAGAGCAAUUUGAAGUAAAAGAACGUGGAAGAGGUCCUUCAGGUGAGGAGAUUUUUGCAACCAUUAUAAUAACUGGAAACGGUGGAAUUCAGUGGUCAAGAGGGAAACAUAAAGAAAGUGAGACACUGACAGAACAGGAAUUACAGUUAUAUUGUGAUUUUCCUGAUAUUAUUGCUGUUAGUAUUAAGCAAGCAAACCAAGAAGGUGCAAGUGAAAGCAGAAUUGUAACUAUCCAUAAGCAAGAUAGUAAAGGUCUGGAAAUAGAACUUAGCUCAUUAAGAGAAGCUUUGUCUUUUGUGUCAUUAAUUGAUGGAUAUUAUAGAUUAACUGCAGAUGCACAUCAUUACCUCUGCAAAGAAGUAGCACCUCCAAUGGUUCUUGAAAAUAUACAAAGCAACUGUCAUGGCCCAAUUUCAAUAGAUUUUGCCGUCAGUAAACUGAAGAAAGCAGGUAAUCCAGCUGGAUUGUAUGUACUUCGAUGUAGUCCUAAGGACUUUAAUAAAUAUUUUCUGACUUUUGCAGUUGAGCAAGAAAAUGUCAUUGAAUAUAAGCACUGUUUGAUUACCAAAAACGAGAAUGGAGAAUACAACCUCACUGGAACUAAGAAGAACUUCAAUAAUCUUAAAGAGCUUUUGAAUUGUUACCAGAUGGAAACUGUCCGAUCUGACAGUAUUAUUUUCCAGUUUACUAAAUGCUGUCCCCCAAAGCCAAAAGAUAAAUCAAACCUAUUAGUCUUCAGAACCAAUGGUGUUUCUGAAGUACCAACUUCACCAACAUUGCAAAGACAUAAUAAUGUGAACCAAAUGGUUUUUCACAAAAUCAGAAAUGAAGAUUUGAUAUUUAAUGAAAGCCUUGGCCAAGGCACUUUUACAAAAAUUUUCAAAGGUCUAAGAAGAGAGGUAGGAGACUAUGGUCAGCUGCAUGAAACCGAAGUUCUUUUAAAAGUUCUGGAUAAAGCUCAUAGAAACUAUUCAGAGUCUUUCUUUGAAGCAGCAAGUAUGAUGAGCCAGCUUUCUCACAAGCAUCUGGUUUUAAAUUAUGGAGUAUGUGUUUGUGGAGACGAGAAUAUUCUUGUUCAGGAGUUUGUGAAAUUUGGAUCACUAGAUACAUAUCUGAAAAAGAAUAAAAAUUCUUUAAAUAUAGUAUGGAAACUUGAUGUGGCUAAACAGUUGGCAUGGGCCAUGCAUUUUCUAGAAGAAAAAAUCCUUAUUCAUGGAAAUGUGUGUGCCAAAAACAUUCUACUCAUCAGAGAAGAAGACAGGAAGACAGGAAAUCCUCCUUUCAUCAAACUUAGUGAUCCUGGCAUUAGUAUUACAGUUUUGCCUAAGGACAUUCUUCAGGAGAGAAUACCUUGGGUACCACCUGAAUGCAUUGAAAAUCCUAAAAAUCUAAACUUAGCAACAGACAAAUGGAGUUUUGGCACCACUUUGUGGGAAAUUUGCAGUGGAGGAGAUAAGCCACUGAGUGCUUUGGAUUCUCAAAGAAAGCUACAGUUUUAUGAAGAUAGGCACCAGCUUCCUGCUCCAAAGUGGACAGAACUAGCAAAUCUUAUUAAUAAUUGUAUGGAUUAUGAACCAGAUUUUAGACCUUCUUUCAGAGCCAUCAUACGAGAUCUUAAUAGUUUGUUUACUCCAGAUUAUGAACUAUUAACAGAAAAUGACAUGUUACUAAAUAUGAGAAUAGGCGCCCUAGGGUUUUGUGGUGCUUUUGAAGACCAAGACCCCACACAGUUUGAAGAGAGACAUUUGAAAUUUCUACAGCAACUUGGCAAGGGUAAUUUUGGAAGUGUGGAGAUGUGCCGGUAUGACCCCCUCCAGGACAACACAGGGGAGGUGGUGGCUGUGAAAAAGCUCCAGCACAGUACUGAAGAGCAUCUCAGAGACUUUGAAAGGGAAAUUGAGAUCCUUAAAUCCCUGCAGCAUGACAACAUUGUAAAGUACAAAGGAGUGUGCUACAGUGCUGGCCGGCGUAAUCUAAGAUUAAUUAUGGAAUAUUUACCAUAUGGAAGUUUACGAGACUAUCUCCAAAAACAUAAGGAACGGAUAGAUCAUAAAAGACUUCUGCAGUACACAUCUCAGAUAUGCAAGGGUAUGGAGUAUCUUGGCACAAAAAGGUAUAUUCACAGAGAUCUGGCAACAAGGAAUAUAUUGGUAGAGAAUGAAAACAGAGUUAAAAUUGGAGAUUUUGGGUUAACUAAAGUCUUGCCACAAGACAAAGAAUACUACAAAGUGAAAGAACCUGGGGAAAGUCCCAUAUUCUGGUAUGCUCCAGAGUCACUGACAGAGAGCAAGUUUUCUGUGGCCUCAGAUGUUUGGAGCUUUGGAGUGGUUCUUUAUGAGCUUUUCACAUAUAUUGAGAAAAGUAAAAGUCCACCAGCGGAAUUUAUGCGUAUGAUUGGCAAUGACAAACAAGGACAGAUGAUUGUGUUUCAUUUAAUAGAACUUUUAAAGAAUAAUGGGAGAUUACCAAGACCAGAUGGAUGCCCAGAUGAGAUUUAUGCGAUCAUGACAGAAUGCUGGAACAAUAAUGUAAAUCAACGCCCCUCUUUCAGAGACCUAGCUCUUCGAGUUGAUCAAAUAAGGGAUAACAUGGCUGAAUGAAAGAAGUGAACUUCACUGUGAGACCAAAAUAGACUUACAUGCCAAAAUUUUGUAUUUCAUAUUGCUGUGGACUCUUAUGCAUAUUAUGUAUAUCAUACUGCUAGCCAGCAAAGAUGUGGAAAUAUCUGCUCAAAACCUUCAAAGUUUGGUGAAUUUUUCUUCAUGAGGACACCAGUAAAAGACAUUGACAGAGUGUCUUUUACAAAGCAAAGAAUUUGUAAAAAGUUUCAUGAACAGGAUCAGUCAGUGAAUAUCACCUUUCUUUGUCAAGAGAAAAAGACUUUUUUCCAACUCAGAAUUUUAAGAGAUGAAAAAACUGUAAACUUUGUAGUGUUAAAGAUGCACAGAAUAUAUAUGUACAGUUUUUACCACAGUGAAUGUAUAAUACCUUGGUAUCUUGUGUGAUAUUUUACACAAGGACUGGUAUUCAUAAUGUUUUCUAAUUUUUCCAUGGUUGAUCUAUAAUAACUUCACUGUACAAAUUAUGAUGAUUAGAUAAUUGAAUAAGCAUCUUGGGUGUCUUUGUUCAUCUAUAUCACUGGCCAGCAAUAUAAGCAGCUGUACACUUGGAGCUUGUAGUUCUUUGUACUGUAAAUAUUUUUAAAGUAAAGGGAACAAAUGUUUAGUUUCAUUUGUAUUGGACAUCUCUUGACCUUAAAGAAUACAUUUUGAAAUGAAACAAGUUUACAAAGAUAUAACACAAUCUAUUUUCUUAUUUGUCUCCCUUGUAUUUGUUGGUGGUAUGUUUUUAAAAUAGAAUUAUCUCCAAAUUUUUCUAUAAUUACUGUGAAUAGUUUUCUUUUAAAAUGUUGAGUUUAAGAUUGCCAGGAAUAUUGUCAUCCUUUGAGCUGUUGGCUGCAAAUAAGAUUUUUCAAUCCCUGGAACAUAUGGUCAUACAUUAAAUUUAAGUGUAAGCCAUAAAAUAGUUUUGUUUUUUAAAUGUAUAAAUUUAUUAAAAUGCAUAGUGUUAGGUUGGUUUUUUUUGAAGAUAAUGUAUUUUAGAAAUCUGCAGUCAUAGAAGACAAGUCCUUUUGUUAGAGAUCCUUAUAUACAAGGGGUAAAAGGGAGUAAACUGGUGAAAAACUGUGUUACUUUUAUUCAACAAUGCCAGUAAAAAUUCAUAUUAUAUGCCUUUAAGAAAAAAUGAGAGUAUAUAUAUUUCCAGUUAAAUAUAGAGGAUGUUAUUGUGAUUUGUUUUAGCGCUACUCCAUUUGAGACACCUUAUCUAAUGUGUGGUGGGGGUAAGCUUGUGGUAAGUUUGUGUUAUUUAUACAAAGUUAAAAAUACUUGGUAUUUAGUUAAAAAGAAAAUUGAUUUCUAUUUUAUUUUCAGUGAUCUAUACUAUUUUUUUUAAAGAUUUAUUUAUGCAAACAAGAACUGGGGUAUAGGCCAGAGUGGUGAGGGGUGAGAGGAUUCACCAGAGACAGAGUGGGGAACAGAACAGGCAGAUUGGCGGAAAUACAUUGCUGAGGGGAGCAGCGGGCAGACAGGAGAGGUCUGCUGCACCAUGUGGGUCACCUCCCUGGCCGGGAUAGAAUUCAUGCUGCAGAGGCUGGAUAGCUUCAUAGUGCUGAGACUUAACCCCUUGCGCCACGAGGGCGGACCUAUACUUGUUUUUUUAAUCUUAAGAUUUGUAAUUUUGGUUUUUGGAGCUGGAUUUAAAAUGCAAAAUAUUUAAGAAAAAUAAUGCUUCACAUAAAAUCUGGGGGGUUUUGGCUGAAUGGAAGGAGAGCAUAAUGUGCAUUCAUAGUUAAAGUAUUUUUGUAAUUACU